GGCAAUUCCUCCCGACACUUUGCUUACCCUCUCACUGGAAAUCGCAAAUUCGCAACACUUACAAAAACACGUGCUCUGUUCUUCUCUGUUUUUUUCGAACUAUUACUGCAAUUACAAUAACAAAAAACUCCUUUUUCUUCAAUCAAUUCCAAACCUCAACUCACGUUUUGCACAAAUUCCACCCUUCUUCCUCCCCAUCAGCUCAAUCUUCACGUUCUCAGUAUUCUUGGUACUCUCGCUUUCCCAUGAAUUCUAGGGUUGUCUCUCAUUUCCCAGAUCUAUGAUUGUCUUAAUUCUGUAAGCAAUUCCUUUCUGUUUUAAGAUCCGAUUAUUUAACAUAUUACUGUAUCUGGGUUUGAUUUUGUUUUAUAGUUGUUAGUUUCUGUAAUUAGUUUAAAAGGGGAGAAAUGGAAGAUUGUGAUGGUAAAGUUAGGUUAGAGAGAUUAUCAAUCGAAGGAUCUAGAGAUACCCAGAUGGAAAAUUCAGUUGAUUUGGGUACCCAAUUGAAUUAUCAGUUUCGUUCAAUGAGUGUUUUACAGAUUUUGAGGGAAACAGUGAGAAUUCUGAGGUAUAAUUGUGGUGGAUUUAUGGGGAUUGCAGCAUUGUUAAUUUGUCCUGUAUCUGCUGUUCAGUUGUCAAAUUUGUUAGUUGAUCAUACUAUUGUGAGAAGAUUGAGUAUUAGAUUGUUAUUGAUUGCUAAAGCUAGUGGUUUACCUCUCAGUCCUGUUGUUAAGCAAUCAUGUCAAAAGUUUGCUGACUUAGCUGUUUCAACUGCUGUGUGCUUCUUUUUGUAUGUCACAUUAUCACUUGUAUCAAAAGCGGCUGUUGUGUAUUCGGUUGAUUGUACUUACUCGAAGAAACAAUUUGAUGCCUCGAAGUUCUGUGUGAUUGUUAGGAAGUUAUGGAGGCGGGUUGUUGUGACUUAUGUAUGGGCUUGUAUGAUGAUUGUUGGAGUUGUUACUUUGUUCAUUGUUAUUCUUGUUGCUGUUUGUAAUGUGUUCUUGAUAUCUGGGUUUGUAUCGGAUUUAGUUGUCUACCCAGGCAUGGUUGUUGGGCUUGUUUUCUCUGUGGUGUUUGCAAAUGUUAUAAUUCUUUGCAAUGUUGCGGUUGUGAUCUCGGUCUUGGAGGAUGCUUCUGGACCUCAGGCAUUAUUGAGGUCCUUUGUUCUGAUUAGAGGUCAGACUCAAGUGGGUCUUCUUAUGUAUUUGGUGUCGACAAUAGGGAUGGCAUUUGUACAAGGAUUGUUUGAGCACAGGGUGAAGACUUUGAGCUAUGGAGAUGGGUCAUCUAGAAUAUGGGAAGGGCCACUUUUGGUGAUCAUGUAUUCCUUUGUAGUGCUUAUUGACUACAUGAUGACUGCAGUUUUCUACUUUAGCUGCCGGUCAUAUAAUUUGGAGGCUGCUAAUGAAGAAGCUCAGUCACUUUUGGAAAUGGCUACUUCAACCCCGAAGGCAAACCCUGUUGAUAAUGAGAAUCAAGAUAAUUGAAUGGUUCAUUUUGACAUAAGCUUCUUUUGAGAUCCAAAUGUAACCUAUCUUGUGACCUAACCAAAAAGAAGGUGAAGUGAAUUGAACUUCUGAUAGUACAUCUUGGGGAAAGGAUGCUGUGACUCGUGUAGUAGAAUGCCAGCGAUGGUUUCGAUUAUUGAGUAUACAAAUUUUGAAAGCCUGGCUUUCUGCCUCGGAACUAUGUGACCUGUGAACAUAAAGGAUGAGGUGCAUUAGGAAUGAUUUCUGCUGAAAAUCGGUAACUAAUGUUUUUCUAGGUUUAAGUUAUACAUUUUAUUAUUUUACAUUCUGGGUAUUUGGUAACUAGAAUGUAGCUUUCUCCCACGAUCGAUUUGGUAUACAUGUAUGUUAUAUUUGUCUCCAUUGAUAAUGCAAUAAAAUCUUAGUUAUCCCUGAAA